CAACUGAGUAUAUAAGACUCAUAGAUAUAUUUGUAUCAAAUUUAAAUGUUGAAUACUGUUUGAAAGAGAGGAAGUGUUAGUUAGUUUAAAUCGCCUAAUUCGUGUAGAAAAAAAAUUGAAUUUUUAAAAUUUAAAGUGCAAGGCAGACAUUUUUAACAAAAUCAACAACUUUGGUAUGUCGUUAAAACAGAGUUUGGUCCAAUGUCUGGAGGAAUUAAGAACUCUUAACCUUAUUCACGAAGUGCGAUCUCGACCAAGCAAGGGGAAAGCGGAGAGGGUGUUGAAUCUUAUAUACCAGACAGGCAUAAAGAAUACAACCUAUACGGACGAGGAAAAGAAGAACAUAGGAAAUCUAUUGGCUAAUGCUAUCAAAGCUAUCAAAGUGAACAUCGUAAGUACAGCCAACGCCGACCGCACACGGCUUGAAAAUGCCGUGUUGAUGAAAAGAUCAGCUUUACAGUUUUUGAUUGACAAUUACGGCAAAUUUCCAGUCGGGAACUCAACCGUCGCCAAAGAGCUAGAUAAAGAAAAUAUCUCGGAGAGUGUGAAGAUAUUAAACGAAAUCAUUGACAAGUGGUGCGAUUUAAGCGAUUCAGACGAAGGUUCAAGUGAUAGGGAAGCGGCAGGGGCGAGAAUAGUACCGGCUUCACACACGUGGUGGACUGUGUGAAAAAUUAACCAGGCUGUAUUUAACGAGCAUAAGAACAUUUCAAAAUGAAUUUUCUAUCAAAUGUACUUGAUUCAAUCCCCGUAGUAGGUCACGUAAAAGGAGUGGUUCAUUACGCAGUUGGAGAUACUCAAGGUGGUAAUAAAGCGAUGUACCAAUCCACCAGAACAACCGCAGUCCUUGCCGGAGGAGCUGUCGGGUGUGUCGCAGGACCAGCUGGAGCUGUAGCGGGAGCUAUGUCCGCUGGACUUGCCACUGAUACAAUUGCUUCUAUAGCUACCGAUAAGCCACAAGGAAUUAUUGAAGGCUGUGACAAUAUCGGUAGUGAUAUAGCAGCUGGCAGAAAUCCAACUUGUUCUAUACUCUCUACAACUGUUCAACUUGGUUUAGAUGGAGUAGGUGGCUUAGGGAUGGGUGGAGUAGCAAGUGCUGCCAGUAAUAUUUCUGAAAAAGCUGUUGCUAAAACUCUAGAAAAUAUUGGUAAAAACGAAAUGACAAAGAUAGUGUCUAAGAAAGUGUCCGAAAAGGCAGUUCAAAAAGCUAUACAACAGGCAGUUGUUCACGCUGAAGUUGCGUGUGUGACUGCUCAUAUUGGAUUAAAAGCGAGUAAAAGAACAACUGAGGAGGAGAAACAAGAAAAACAAGAGCAAAAUGAAAAGGUAAGGAAAGAAAGAUAUAAACGCGAACAAAGCAAAGAAAGGCAAGCCAGCGCCGGUAACCAAGGUACGAGUACCGGAUCCUCGCAGCAACCAGAAGGAAACGGAAACGGAAACAACAAUAAUAAGAAUAAUAAAAAUAAGCCAGACUACUUAGACAUUUUCAUGAAAUUACUUAAAAAACUCUUAAAACGUAUAUACGGCAAUGAAAGAGAAUAUAUCUCUGGCAUUUUCGAAAAUCUUUCUCUGGGUCAAAUAAAUUAUUUGAGGGGUAUCAUUGAAGUAACAAUGAAAACCGGUACACUAGAGGAGGUGGUUGAAUUAGUGAUAAGAAUGUUUAAAGGACAUAUGUCCAAAAAUGUUUCAUUUGAGAAUUUUCUUAGUCUUUUAGAGUUUGUCCGGGCAUAUCUUUUGGGCGAGAUAGACGUGAGAGAGACCGAGUCAACGAGGUACAACCAAGAAACACACGAUCAGCGACGCGCACAAAUUCUUUGUGACAUCAUGGGGGAAAGAGAUACAGUCGAAACACUGGUUCGUUUGUUCAGAACGCUGCAAGCUGAAAUCGAAGCUGAGACUGCGGUUCCCAACAACAUAUCGCCCGAUUUCCGUGACAUAUUCGCCGCGGUGUAUCACUACUACAAACAUAGAUGUGUACCAGAGGACGGAGAACUGUCCGUCAAGGAUUAUUAUAAUUGGAUUCGAAAGGCGUUGGAAAAACUUAAGAAGAAGACUAGAUAUAGACAAGAAGUGGAGAAUCAGAGAGGUCCAGUGACGUGUCGGUAUGAGUAUUAUGUGGAGGUGUUCGGGCGUCGGUUUAGGAUUGUCGUGAAGGUGCGGGGCGGCCGCUUGCUGCUGAGCUCUGCCUUCUUUGUGAGCAUCUGCUUCGAGGGAGACACAGAUGAGACCGAAAAUUUAAAAAUAGAAAAGAAAUAAACACCCAUGUACAGAUACUAGUCGUUAUGCAUUUUCAUAAGGGUUAUUUGAUUUUGUAUUUCUUACUUUAUAUUUCUUUUUCUUUUUUAUAUAUUUAUAUGUGGUUAUACAAUUUUUUUUAUGCAAUUAUAAGCCAAUCACAGUAAAACAACCAUAAAAUGAUAUUUUAUAUUUGACUGCUAUAGUCGUCAUUCAAUCUUCAUUCUUUUGACGGCCUCUGUAGCGCAGCUGUAGUGCCUGUGACACCGGAGUCCUCAGUUCGAAUCCCGGCCGGGGCAUGAUCAGAAACUGACUUUUUCUGAUUGGCCUGGGUCUUGAAUGAUUAUCUAUAUUAGUGUAUAUUAUUAUUAUAAAUAAGUAAGUAAGUAAUGAGUAAGUAUCUCGUUACACAAGUCUAAAACUUACUAGGAGGCUAACUCGAUCUGUAUAAUUUGUCCCAUUUAUACUUUAAUAUAAUCUAAUCUAUUAUAAUUAAUAAGAUUUGUUUUUUGAUUAAAUACGAUGUAACAAAGUAUGUAAUAAAGUGCAUAAAAUACAA